CUUAUCAUUCUGUGGUAAAUAUACGAAAAAAAAAUAUUAAUCAUCAAAAUUUGUAUUUCACAUUUAAAACAUUAUUAUUUUCUGUUUUAUGUGUUUUCCGAAUACUAAGAAAAUGUGCUUGUAUUCCAAAAAAUAACAAAUAAGAGUUAAUGAUUACGAAUUGCGUGUUACACAAAUUAAUAAACAGUAACUAUGUACUCUUUCGAAGGAGAUUUCAGGCGAAAGCCACAGCAAAACCUAGCAGGCGCAAGUGCACAACGAAAGACUGACAGAGACGCUCUGAUAUUGCAGUCACAACAACAAAGACAGAAGCGAGAGGAGCACAGAAAACAGUUGCACAGUGCUAUAAAAAUCCAAGCUUUUGUGCGAAGCUAUUUAAUAAGGAAGCAUUGCAAACAUAUUGAGAGGGAAGAGUUUGACAAUGUCUUCACAAAAUGUGACUCUGAGAAUCAAAGCUUAAUAUCUUGGCUUUUGGCUAAGAUCCUAUUCUUUUAUGAUGAUCAAAAGGAUUGUGCUAGAUUGGUUUCUAUAUCACAAGUUAUUCUCAAACAAUGGAAGAGGGUGUUUGAAAGUCGUGGUUCUUCAAUACAAAUUCGGAGACUUCUUGCAUUGCAUCUUCGGCUGUUAAGAGAUGACAGCAAGGUUCCAUUGGCAGUACCACUUAGGAUGCUUGAAGUAUUUACAUCUAUAAAUUCUAUUGAAACAUCAAGUACAGAAUAUAUCAAUAUUAUAGGAACAACAUUUUUGUAUUUAGUAAAAAGAGGUUACUUCAAGGACUUGCGCCAACUGCUCUGUCAGAAGUCGCCGCCCCUGUACGGACCUUCCCCCAACCCCCCCACGCCGCUGUGCGGAGCUUUACUAGACCUCAUACAGAGGCCGCUAAAUCUGACCUCACAAAUUAAUGUACCUGAAUAUAAUGACACAGUCAUGACGGAGUUCACGGCAGCAUUCCUAUGUAACCCAUACCCGGAGCCUGUGGAGAUGUUUGUGCUGCCAGCGCUAACUAACGACCCUAGCAAACGAUUUCCAUUUCUCUCCUUACUACAUAGUUUGUACAUGGAUAAGUUCAGUUCGGGGCGUCUGGUCAACGACUCUUGGUUAUUGCAUUCCAUUUUGACUCUGGAACCACCAGAUUUUGCAAACAGUAUACUCCAAAUAGACAACACAAGGCUGCCACACAAUCGAAUUAUGCUAGAAUAUUUGAAAAUAAUAGGAAAAUUAACUAUUAACGUAUGCAACAAACAAAUAACAUAUGAAUACGAAGAUUCUUUGUACAGCCAAGAGACAGCCGCUGACAAUGACGAUGACAGUGACAGUGACACUGAACCGAAUCCCACUUCAAUACGUGAACAGAUGCUCCUCACCAAAUGUAUAGAGCUGUUGAAUGAACCUGAUCGUUGUAUAAUGAUCAUGUGCUCUCAGAUCACAGAUACUGAAUUGUGUGACGAGUUCCUUGAUAGUAUGUCGAAGAUAUGCCAUAAUUUACUUCUAAGUCAUAGGAUGGCGUUGCAUAAGUAUCGGUUAUUAUAUACAUUAGCAUUUAAGCCAAUCUUUUUGCGCGACCUCUGGCAAUGGUUAAGUAACAUGAGCCACGAAUCUUCCUUCGGAGGCUCAACCACGCCGCUCCUGUCGGCUCUCUCCCGUGGCAUGGGAGCUGACACCAACGUCAUGGGAGUGCACAAACUGCUGGCGCCUCUGGCAGUUUUCUGUGCACUGUUUUCUCUAUUGAUUGGUACACUGCAUGACACAGAGUUCUUUAGAGACACAGAUGGGGGUGAAAAAAUGAAUAUAACAAGUUUGCCGUGUUCAGGACGCGUGCAUGCGUUUGAUUUCUCCGAACUGGGAGGUCUAUGUCGCACGCUUAAACAAGUGUGUCUCGGAUUGGUGGAGCUCGCCUACCCCGAGUACAGGCCGUCUGUGAUUGGCCAGUAUAAGGAUGCUGUCGGGACUGGCUACCAACUGGAACUGUCGGAGAAGAAUCAAACACCUGUAUGGGCGCAUUUGUUUAAGGUGUGCACGCAACUGUUGCGCGCGCUGUACGCACGCGACGCGCGGCUGCGGUUCUGCGCGACGCAGCCGGACAGCCCCAGCGCGUGGACGGCGGCCGGGCCGGUGGUGCCGGGCGACGGCGCGGAGGCGGCGCUGGCCGCCGCGCGCACGCCCCGCUCCGCGCGCCCCUACCGCGCCUACGUGCCCAGGCUGGCGCAGGCGGAGCACGAUGAGGGUCCACCAUUAACAAUAAAAGAACUGAGAACUGUUACAAUAUUGAGAGAAAUUCCAUUUGUAGUGCCAUUCUCAACAAGAGUAUUGAUAUUCCAAGGUCUUCUCGUAAGGGAGAAACAUGAACACUGGUAUGAGAUGACAAAUUUCAAUGAGGGUCCGUCAAUAAUAAUCAGUGUUAGACGUACGCAUUUGUAUGAAGAUGCAUUUGGUAAACUUAGUCCUGACAAUGAACCCGAUUUAAAGCUGAAACUUCGUGUGCAAUUAAUAAAUCAGGCAGGCGCGGAGGAGCUUGGAGUAGAUGGGGGCGGUUUAUUUAGAGAAUUCCUUUCAGAACUUCUAAAAUCUGCCUUUGAUCCCAACCGAGGAUUGUUUCGUCUGACAAAAGACAACAUGUUGUAUCCAAAUCCAGGAGUGCAUUUGCUGUAUGACGACUUCCCUAUGCAUUAUUAUUUUAUUGGAAGGAUAUUGGGAAAGGCUUUAUAUGAAAAUCUCUUGGUAGAGUUACCUCUAGCAGAGUUCUUUUUGGCUAAGAUGUGCUCUACCCGGGAACCGGAUGUCCACGCGUUGGCGUCGUUGGACCCAGCGUUGUACAGAGGGUUGCUGAUGUUAAAGUCACACAGAAGAGAAGACGUUCCCGAUUUAGGCUUGGACUUCACUAUAGUUAGCGAUGAAUUAGGAGAACAGAGGAUAGAAGAACUAAAACCUGGUGGCGCAAACAUCCCUGUAACAGCCGAAAACAGGAUAGAGUAUAUUCAUCUUGUUGCUGAUUACAAACUAAAUAGACAAAUAAGGGCACAGUGCAACGCUUUCAAGCGCGGGCUGACGUCGGUGGUGAACGCAGAGUGGUUGCGCAUGUUCUCGUGCCGCGAGCUGCAGCUGCUCAUAUCUGGCGCGGAGGUGCCCAUCGACAUCGACGACCUGCGCCGACACACGCAGUAUGGCGGUGGUUUCUCGGAGACGCACGCGACAGUGCAGUGCUUCUGGCGCGUGGUGGAGCAGUUCACGGACGAGCAGCGGCGGCAGCUGCUCAAGUUCGUCACCAGCUGCUCCCGACCGCCGCUCUUGGGGUUCAAGGACCUGCAGCCGCCGUUCUGCAUCCAGUCGGCGGGCGCGGCGGACCGGCUGCCGUCCGCCUCCACGUGCAUGAACCUGCUGAAGGUGCCCGAGUACCACUCGGAGCACGCCAUGGCGGAGAAGCUGCUGUACGCGAUACAGGCCGGCGCGGGCUUCGAACUGAGCUAAGUAAAUCGACAGAGGAAUUGUUUACCUACCAACUUUUAUACAUGAAAUGAAUAUAUCUAUUUCGCGAUACAUUUUAUUUAUAUACCGAUCGUUAAUCUCAAUGUGAUAAUAUAAGCUCCUAGACUAGGAUUGUGUAAAUAAAUGUUAAAUUGAGUUCACUGUCGUAUAUUAUUUAUUAUUAUGGAGUUCUUGCUCAUGUGGAAAUUUACAGAAUGUAAACAUAUUUUUAGAUAUUGUGAUGUAGUAGACACGUUUCUAGUUUUAUGUUUCAAUUUUAUAUAUUAUCUUAAUAAGUGUAUAUUUUCAGUAAGUUAAAUGUACUCUUCCUGAGGCUGUUUGGGUAAAAUAUACAUAAAAUACAUUAUUAGGGGUGUAAAGUAUGUUUAGAACAAUUAUAAAUUAUUUUAUCUCAUCUGAAAGUGUCAAAUAAAUUUAUUGAAACU